UCUGCAGGGGGAAAGGGACAGCUGGGGACUGCUGUGCCAGAGGGGCCUGCCUUGCACCUGCCUCCCUGCCAGCCAGGAAGCCCCAGAGCCCCCUCUGGGGAUGCCAACAGCCCUGUUCCUGGAGAAGGGAGUGCUGUGCUCCAUGGAACCACGACAGGGCUAGGGGAUGUUACCCAUCCACUUCCCAGUGCCACUGGGUCUGGGGCACAUAUGGAGACUCCCUCCCCACCUGGAGGGAGCCCAGGGCUCCCUGGCCUUCCUCCCGCUGGGAUCACUGCUGGCAGUCCUGGAGCAAAAACCCUGGGGCCAGGACCUGCUGGUAGCUCAUCACCCGCUGCCCUGCAGCCGUUCCUGGGCAGGGAGCUGACCACCAGCCUGGCAAACAGAGGCCCUGCCACCUCUGGGUCAAGCCUUUCUGGAGCCUUCCCGGGCCAGGGGGGAUCCCAGGGCGGGUCCCCAGCCCCUGCCAGCCCAGCUCCACCAGCCCCCCUGCCCAGGGGCAGGGAGGUGCUUCCCAGGCCAGGAGCAGCCACUGUCACCUCCCAUGCAUCGUCCCCCGUGGUUCCAGCUCCACCAGGAGUGCCAGCAGCUGCCCCAACCCUGCUGCCCAGUCCUGCAGUUCCAGCUGUGCCCCUCUAUGGGUAUGGAGCAAGGGAAAAUGAUCAGGAGUACGUGGAAAGGAGAGUAGAUUUUAAUUCUCCACUUUUCAAACCUGAGACUGGAUUCCCAUUUGGGAAAACCCUGCGCAGCUCUCUCUAUUUUACAGACAAUGGACAGAUCAUUUUCCCAGCCUCAGACAACAAUGUCUUCACAUACCCCAACCCUCCUCCCAGUGGCUUCAAUGGCCAUGAAGAGGUCCCCAUGAUCGCUGUAUUUUGGGACAACGCUGACUUCUCCAGAGGUGUUGGCACCACCUUUUACCAGGAGUUCUCCACCCUCAACACGGCCAAGCCGCCGUUCAUCCGUGACGUGGAAGCGAAAGUCCGGCGGUACCUGAGGUCCUCCUACUCUGCAGCCUGGACCCUGAAGAUCACCUGGGAGAAGGCACCUGUCUACGCAGCAUGGACUGACACCCGCAAGACAGUCACAUACCAGGCUGUCCUGACCACUGAUGGCUUCAGGUCCUACAUCCUGAUGCUGUACCAGGAUGGAGGCAUGCAGUGGGAUUACACCAGGCUCACUUCCACUGAUGUGCUCAUCGGCUACACCAGUGGGGAUGGCUUUUACUACAAUGAUGACCUGACUAAGAGACCUCCAGCUGCUAAAUAUCGCCCUGACCAGUUCAGGGGCUACAACACAGACCUCCGUGGGCUGUGGAUCUACAAGCUGGAGAGCCGAGUGGGCAACAACUACCGGCUGAAGUGCCUGGCAUGGACAGGGCAGCAGCAGGAACCCAGGGCAUGGAGCCAGGGCCUGCCCACCUGCCCCUGCUCUCUGCAGCAAGGGCAGCAGGACCCACGCUUCAAGAGCAGCCGUGGAGGCAAGUGGGGUGCCCGUGUCUCCAUGCUGCACUCAGCCUCCCCCAACCAGCACGGUGCCGGCGUUCGCUGCCUGUAUGACAGCCAGGACCAGCUCAUCGAGGGCCGGCAGGAGAGGUACUGGAGGUCCUCCAGGCAGGCGUCACCCUACCGUGACCAGGAGCUGAAGCUGUACGACUGGUGCUGUAAUCGGGCGGGCAGUGCCCACCUCUGUGCCCGCUACAGUGAGAAGAGGCCGAAGAUUGGCUGUGAUGGAUACCAGUCACCCAGCAUGGAUUCCUCGGAGGAGGCAGAGAAUGACUCAGAUGAGCAGAUAGAUGGAGAGGACAAGUAACUGUGAGGUUGCACACCCGCAGCACGUUCUGGGCCAUGGCUGAUCCUCCAAGUGCUUUGAUCUGCUCUUCCCCAGUGUUCCCCCACAGAACCCAUCACCCCUGCCCACCAGGCAGGGCAGCUCACUUGGCCAGUGCCUGCAGUUGCCUGCCCUGGCACAAGCUCACAUUUCUAACCCAGACUUCUCCCAAGGAUUCAGUUGCUUUAGUUGCCCUUUCCCAGUUGUAGCUGGGGGGCAGAACUGGAGGGGAGGUGGGCAGGUACCCCCCACUGCACACACCACCCUUGUUCUUCCUACAUCCCACUGUGCUCCCAUGCUGCAGGGUGAGGAUGGACCCCUGGCACCCAGGGAAAGGGUUAAACACCACACAUGGGUUGACUGUGGCCAAGCCCUUAAAUACCAGGGUGCACCAGGCUUGUCCUGUGAGCCAGUCCUGUCUUGUCCUCCACUUCUGUUUCACAGCCAUCCCUGAGUGGUCCCUGGGCCCUGUGCUCGGGAGAAGGGACAAUUCUCUAGAUCAUGCCAGAAUCAGAUCAGUGUGUCUGCUGGGUGUGUGAGGGCAAAAUGCAACCCCACGAUGAGAGAUGUUGGAAGAAAAGUAAUUUUUUGUGUGUAAGAGAGCAUCUUCAUUUCUUAAAAAAAAUAAAUCAUUGUCAAAUCUCA